CUUCCUUGUUCACAGCAGACUUGAAGGGCUGGGCUCAACUAGAACGGGGGGACGGGUGGUUCUAGUCAAAUAAUGCCGGCUUUUAAACGCUUCAAAAACACUAGUGUUAUGAAUCGCAUAAUGCGAUCUGUGUCCUGGGGCCUAACAAGUUAUGUUUAGCUCCAAGGUCGGCCUUACAUUGCGACUAUAUGACCGUAAUGCUAAUGUUGCGGUGCAGCAUUGCCCGGGUUUCUAUGGCGCUGGUUUGUGUGGUAUAGUCCAGUUGGGACUGAGAACCUGCGGGGUUAAAAUAGGGGGGAAUGUAACUUAUUAUUGAUUAUACCAAGUAGAUUUCUGAGUGACUUUACACAGUUGUGAUUUUUCACCGGGGCAUUUGUGCAGACAUACGGUUGUAUUUAGACACCGUUUCACCGGCGGCCUCGUGAGCAAACGUUAACCGCGUUUUCCCUGGUCCCCCCGCUGAGAGCUCCCGUGUGAGCGCUCUGGACACGGAGCGACAUGCUGCUUUAUUUUGGCUUGCAUGUCCUGUCAGACGAGCAUGACUUGUGUCUGGAAACCCGAAGAUCUGGGUUGCAGAUUGAGAAUGGGGUCGCAUUCACAGCCACUUUGCCCAGAUAUCGCUGCUGCAGUGCCUCACUGUUACAAACCGCUUCAAUGUGUCUAGUGCACUUAUAUGACUGAUAAAGCUGCUAUAAUAAAUGCUCCAUCAUCAAUUCAUAAAAUGACACCUGACCAUAUGCACAUUUCUACAGAAAACCCACCUUUGUUUGAAAUAUCCUAAUGUGCCAUGAUUAUUUUAGAUAAUGCUUCACCUGAACGUCUGUAAUACACGAUGAAAUCCAUCCAUUCACUUUGGUUGUCAUCACCAUGUUGCAUUUUUUAUUAUUACAUUAACAAUCAUCCCCAAUCCUUUUGCCUUUGUUCAUUACAGGCGUCUUAAGAGCGAAGUGUUAGGUGACGUGAUUGGUGACAGGCCUGGCACCGUGCUGCCAUGGAGACCAAACAGGAGGAAUCCUCUGCUGUGUGGAGUCAGACAUCGAACAGUGAUUCAGAAAAUGGCACACAGGUGCAUUUUGAAGGUGGCACGGUGGCCCAGAUAGUGUACAGUGGCGAUCAGGGGGACAGCGGACAGCAGCAGGUGGUCUAUACAGCGGACGGGAACUCCUAUACCUCUGUAGAGUCUGCAGAGCACACACUUGUUUACAUACACCCUGCAGAUGGCACUCAGAAUGUAUUCGCUGAUCAGCCACAGGUGGCUUACAUUCAGCAGGAUGGCACCACACAACAGGUCACAGUUUUGCUGCCGAGUGGACAGAACAUGAAUGCUGCCAACCUGCAUGUUCUCAGUAAUGUAGCAGAGGCUCCACAAGCAAUGCUGGAGCAGGUUUCCCAGGAGCAGCUGUCUGUGGCCAAUUCGCUGCCCUCCAUGACCGACAUGGCGGACCCCCCCUCCAGCCCUCUCGGGGCCGAAGACUCCACAGAGGACUCAGAUGAAGAGGAGGAUGACGAGUCUGACAUGGAUGACUGGGAACCUCGUCAGCCUCAGUCCUUCAACCCUCACAGCCUCUGGUGUGACGAGUGUAAUAACGCCAACCCCUCUGUGUGUGGGAAGCACGGGCCCCUGCACCCCAUCCCUAACCGGCCCGUGAUGUCCAAGGCCCGGGCCAGCCUGCCUCUGGUCCUCUACAUCGACCGCUUCCUGGGUGGCGUGUUCUCCAAGAGACGCAUCCCAAAGCGCACCCAGUUUGGCCCUGUGGAGGCGCCCCUGCUUCCUCAGAGCGAGCUGCAGGAACACUACCUUCAUCUGAAACUGUGCUCGCUGGACGCAGAGAAGGAUGGAGAGAAGUCAGAUGACCUGUGGUUGGACCUGUCUGAUGAGGACAGCUGUAACUGGAUGAUGUUUGUGAGACCGGCUCAGAACCACCUGGAGCAGAACCUGGUGGCCUACCAGUACGGCUCGGAGAUAUUCUACACGUCCAUCAAGAACAUCCAACCCAAGCAAGAGCUCAAGGUCAGCCCGUGGUUUGUGUGUUGUGUCGCAUGUGUAGUGCACUCAUUUUCCUCCUUACUUUGACACUGUGUGCACAAAGUAAUACAACUAUGGUUCAACACUUUUAUGCUAUCUGUCCAGAACCAAAUAUCAGACAGGCUAAGUUAGUGACUAGCUGGAGAGGAAAUCCAGAGUAACAAGAGUAAUUCAGUCAGAGUAAAUAAACAAUACAAAAAACAAGAACUUUAUUUAUCAGUCUUUCAUAACAGCACACAUGUAAACACCCAAACUCAACCCACAAAUAUUCAUAUUAAAUAAAAACAAUUAAAACUGCGGUCGCACUUGUGCGCGCAGUGUUGAGCGGGCCCUCGC